AUGGCCUCGACACUCCAGAAAUUGAAGAUUGCCACCGCGCAGGUGCAUACUCUUGACAACCCUGAAAGAGCUCUUCAAGUGCUUGAAACUAAAGUGCGAAAAUUGAGCUCCGAAGAUGUCGACCUUGUGCUAUUCCCCGAAGUCUUUAUCGGCGGAUUUCCGCGCCUGUCCACAUUUGGUAACUCUGCAAUUGGGAGUUUUGGAGAAGAGAAGGAUUACAGCCCAUACAUGAACCAUUGGCGGGCAUCCGUUGAUCUUGGAGAUACACCAAGAGGAGCUGGCCAAAAAUGGAUACGUCGAGAACUACCUCUACCUGCCAAUCGGCCAUACAGGGGAGACGGCACAAGAGAGCGUUUGGAAAAGAUAGCUGCGGCAACUGACGUCUUCAUAAUUGUCGGUAUUCUUGAAAGGUGUGGUGGAACUUUAUACAGCUCUAUUGUCUACAUCUGUCCCAGGUUAGGUAUUAUUGGGAAGAGGCGCAAGGUGAUGCCAACAGGCCUGGAAAGAGUUGCGUGGGGUCAAGGGAGCCCGUCAACACUUGAAGCUGUGUCAACGGUUAUCAGAGGGGUGAAGCUCAGGAUGGCGGCUGCUAUUUGUUGGGAGAAUUGGAUGCCGCUUUUACGACAGAGUAUCUACGAGCAGAAUAUUAACCUGUUCCUUGGCCCAACUGCUCAUGCCACUGAGAUUUGGGUUCCAUUGAUGCAAACAAUUGGCGUUGAAAGCCGAGCUUUUGUGUUAUCAGCUACGCCAUGCAUUAGAGCAAACGACCUCCCGAAAUGGAUAACUGAAUUAGCUGAACGAGGAGAUCAAAUAGUGAGUCGCGGAGGGUCUGUUAUUGUCUCUCCAAAUGGCAAUCUUUUGGGGGGGCCGGGAUGGGACCAGGAUGAUGAGAUUUUCAUCGCAGAGGUCGAUUUUGCUGAAUGUGAGCAGCCGGGAGACGAUUGGGUGAGACCGUCUCGUGCGAGGCGAGAUGCAUUUGACUUCACAGUUGACGGAUUGGAUAUGAAGAAGGCAUAA